AUGAAGGGAUUCCGACAGAGAGUGCAUGAACAGUUGUCGCGGGCAAAAGAUGCCAACAAGUCCUCGAAAAAGAAAGACUCCAAUUCCUCAUCCCAGGCGUCCCUCGGCAUCCACCAUGCGCAACAGUCUUCAUCUCCGAACCAAGGCACUCCGACCUCGUCUACUACCUCCUUGAAUGAUGCGCGAGGCAAGUCGCCGGACGAUGCUUCUCCCGCAGGAACACCUGCCAAUGCAGCCCAUCCCGGAACGCCGGUUCAACAUUAUAUCCCCCAGGGGGCCGGUGCGGCCGUUCAGCCUGUGAACAAUGGCCCGGGAACUCCGACCAGACAGGGCCAGACGAUGGCUCCCAGCGUGAUUAUCAGCCCAAGUUCCACGCAUGUCCCCCCUCCUGGUGCUGCCGAGACGAUGCCCGGAGACCUGGCGCCUCCUAGAAAAUCGCACGUUUUCGACCGUCUUCAGACCACUCCUAAAGAUCUGUCCGAGGGGAUUCGCACCCCCAAGCGCCAGCACUCCUCGCGAUUUGACAUUUCCGAUCAGCGCCAGAGAGAAUUGGAGAAGCUGCCGGGAUUUCAUGAAGUGCCUCCCAACCGACGCCAAGAUCUGUUCAUGCAAAAAAUCGACCAAUGCAAUAUCAUCUUCGAUUUCAAUGACCCGACGGCCGACAUGAAGUCCAAAGAGAUCAAGAGACUGGCGCUCCACGAGCUCUUGGAUUACGUUGCCAAUAAUCGGUCGGUCAUCACAGAGCCCAUGUACCCCCGCGUGGUGGAAAUGUUCGCCAAGAACCUAUUUCGACCCAUUCCUCCUCCUAUGACACCCCAAGGCGAAGCCUUUGAUCCAGAGGAGGAUGAGCCCGUACUGGAAGUGGCCUGGCCCCAUAUCCAGGUCGUCUAUGAGUUCUUCCUGAGGUUUAUUGAGAGCCAGGACUUCAACACGAACAUCGCCAAAGCAUAUAUCGACCAUCAAUUUGUCCUUCAGUUGCUCGACCUGUUUGACUCGGAAGACCCACGGGAGCGUGACUUUCUCAAGACGACAUUGCAUCGUAUCUACGGCAAAUUUUUGAACCUGCGGUCAUAUAUUCGUCGAUCUAUCAACAACGUCUUCUUCCAGUUCAUGUAUGAAACCGAGCGACACAACGGCAUUGCCGAGCUGUUGGAGAUCCUGGGAUCUAUCAUCAACGGAUUCGCGCUGCCGCUCAAGGAGGAACACAAGCUCUUCCUGACCCGCGUCCUGCUUCCCAUGCACAAGGUGAAGAGCCUGAGCAUGUACCACCCACAACUGGCCUAUUGCAUUGUUCAAUUCUUGGAAAAGGACUCCACUUUGACGGAAGAUGUUGUUCUUGGUCUGCUGCGCUUCUGGCCCAAGACGAACAGCACUAAGGAGGUCAUGUACCUGAAUGAGGUGGAGGACAUCUUUGAGGUGAUGGACCCGGCCGAGUUCGCCAAAGUGCAGGAGCCUCUUUUCAAUCAGUUGGCCAAGUCCGUUGCCAGCCCACACUUCCAGGUUGCCGAACGCGCGCUUUACUUCUGGAACAACGAAUACUUCUGCAACCUGGUCAGCGACAAUGUGGAGACCAUUCUUCCGAUCAUGUUUGCACCACUCUAUGAAAACUCCAAGGGACACUGGAAUCGGACGAUUCACAGCAUGGUGUACAAUGCCAUGAAAAUGUUCAUGGAAAUCAACCCCCAGCUCUUUGACGAAUGCUCUCAUGAGUACACCGAGCACCAGAACAAUGCCGACCAACGUGAAAAGACUCGCUUGAGUCGCUGGGACAAGAUCGAGGAACAAGCCAAGGACCGGAAGAAUGGCGUCCCACCUCCACCAGCUCCCGUCGUUGAUGUGCCCGAGGCUAUCGACGAGGUGGAGGCUAUGACCCACGAAAGCCAAAAACGAUUGAAUACCCUGAAAUUGCAGGAGGAUUCCGAUACAACGAAGGAGCGACCGUCCCGAGAGGGUACUCCUAACUCGGUGAGUUUUGAUGAUCUCUGUUAA